UUAUAUAGGACUAGGAGUAGCUGAAUAACUCUGCAAGAUCACCUCGAACACGUGUGCAUAGAUCAUAUGAAACUUUGCUUGGAAAUUGUGCUCAGCUAGGCAAUUAGGAGAAACUAUAUGCAUAUAUAGGUAGAUUGGUGUGGUCAAAGAAGACGAGUUAGAGAUGUGUAUUUGGAGCUGAGUUGAACCGAGAAAUGGCCGAGCACGCCACAACGGGCGUCGAAGAGCAGAGGCAGGUGGCCAUCAGCAUGUGCUCGGCGCCAACACCCAGCAAGCUGGUGGCGGUGGAGUCGUCGUCCCUGCAGAAACUGAUGCUCAAGUCGCCGCCGCAGGCUGACGCGCACGGCGACGAGCAGCAAGGGCGCGAGGUGCCGCUGGCCAAGAAGGUGGCGGCGGAGUUCGUGGGCACGUUCAUCCUCAUGUUUGCGGUGGUGUCGACCGUCGUGGCGGACGCGCAGCACGGCGGCGCGGAGGGCCUGGUGGGGGUGGCGGCCGCGGCGGGGCUGGCCGUGGUGGCCGUGGUGCUCGCCGUGGUGAGCGUCUCCGGCUCGCACCUGAACCCGGCCGUCAGCCUGGCCAUGGGCGUGUUCGGCUACCUCCCGCGCGCCCACGUGCUCCCCUACGCCGCCGCGCAGACGGCGGGGUCCGCUGCCGCCGCGUUCCUCGCCAAGGCCAUGUACCGCCCCGCCGACCCGGCCGUCAUGGCCACCGUGCCCCGCGUCGGCGCCGCCCAGGCGUUCUUCCUCGAGCUCGUGCUCACGUUCGUGCUCAUGUUCGUCAUCGCCGCCGUCGCCACCGACCCGACCUCGAGCAAAGAGCUGGUGGCCAUCGCGAUCGCGGCGGCGAUAAUGAUGAACGCUCUCAUCGGAGGGCCGUCGACUGGGCCGUCCAUGAACCCGGCGCGGACGAUCGGGGCGGCGCUGGCGACGGGGAAGUACAAGGACAUCUGGGUCUACCUGCUGGCGCCGCCUCUGGGGGCUAUCGCAGGGGCUGCCACCUACACGCUCAUCAAGCCCUGAUCCGGCCGGCCAUCUCGAUCACCCGCGCGCGUCCGCAAAUAUAUAGCAGGACCCCUUGUGAAACUGAUAGAGGGGUAUAAAUAGCCUCAAAGGUCCAAACCAUAGAUGUCCA